UGGUUGGCACAAAAUUUUUUUUUUUCAUCUAUAGCAAAGCCUCGCUCACACCGGUCAAAGUUCCGAGCGAGACACACCAACUGCUCCGGCUCCGGCUACAAAGUGGAUCGUUACUUCAGCUUGAAAAUUGGAAUCGCCUUUUCGUCCGAUUCGUUGCUUGCUGCCAGGAAGCACCGGGGGCGCAUCACGCACCUGGCCCUAUUAAUCUUCCUUCUUCAUCCAAUUGAUUUGUGGAGCUAAUAAGAGGAGAAAAAUGGCUGAUGUUUGGGCAUGGCUUCUCUUCUUCUUCAUUCUCAUUGCUCUCCUUGUCAUGGUUGUUUUUCAGCUGAUGUGCUUAUCAGAUUUGGAGUUUGAUUAUAUCAACCCAUACGACUCUGCAUCUCGUAUAAAUGCAGUUGUUUUACCUGAGUUCAUCACACAAGGAGUUCUGUGCUUGCUCUAUUUGAUAACAGGGCAUUGGGUCAUGGCACUCCUAUGUGUUCCAUAUAUGUACUACAAUUACAGAUUGUACACGAGAAGGCAGCACCUUGUUGAUGUGACAGAGAUUUUUAAUCUGCUUAAUUGGGAAAAGAAACAGCGGCUUUUCAAACUAGGCUAUAUCGUCCUUCUCCUCUUCAUAUCAUUAUUUUGGUUAAUUUACAGUGCCUUGGAGGAUGAUGAAGAGUCCCUAUAGGUUCUAUUGUCCAGCCAAAGUACAAGUUCUCGGAGCUGCUGCAUUUGCUCAUUUAUGCUGGCUUGUUCUAGUUCAUUAUUCUUGAAUGUUCAGGGUUUAGAAUAGCAGAUUCGAUCGCAGAUUUGAAGCUCUCCCGUCCCCCUCCCUAUUCAAUUUCCAAGCAAGUGCAGGUUCUCGGGUUCUACAUAUGUACUGCAGGGUGUGAUUUUGAGUGACAUAGUACCUUCAAACUAAAAUCCCACUGUGCUGCAUUGAACAUGCUCUUCUGUAAGCUUAUGUUCAUUUGUUUUUGCUGUCCAUUAACGCAACAUUGCUAAUUCAUGGUGCUAUUAGUAGGAUGGAAAAUCUUUUUCUUUAUACUGUCUCGUGAUGUUGAACAAAUGAAAAGCAGAAAACUGAAUGAACUGAGAUAUUAGUUG